AUGCUUCUCAGCAAGAUUAAAUGAUGUGGCUUGGCUAUGGCAUUUUUGCUAUGGUCACUUGAAUUUUGGAGGCUUAAAGACACUUCAGUAGAGAACAAUGGUCACUGGGCUUCCAGAGUUUACUAGUCUUUCUGAUGUUUGUGAAGGAUGUGUGAUUUGGCCAGGGAGUAAAAAUGGUUCUAGUAAGUGUAUUUUUGUAGAUUUUGAUGGUGGUGAUGAUGAAGAAAAACAACAAUCAAUUGAGAAUGUGCAGCAGCAACUUGAUAUGGAUGAGCAACAAUUAGCAUCCACUUCAAAUGCUCUAAAAGAUGCUCAAUCUCCAGCAGAAGCCAAAGAGGAUGAACAGAGGUCACAACGGGUUAGAAAGAGACCAUCAUGGAUGACUGAUUAUGAGGUAACUGGAAUAGACCAUUCUGAGGACACACUUACUCAUUUUUCUCUAUUUUUCGAUUGUUAUCCUAUAGUUUUCGAAGAGGUUGCCAAAGAAUCCAAAUGGCAAAAGGCAAUGGAUGAAGAAAUUGCAGCCAUUGAAAGAAACAAUACUUGGGAGUUAACUGAACUUCCAAAAGGGAAGAAGGGUAUUGGAGUAAAAUGGGUCUACAAGACAAAUUUGAAGGAGAAUGGUGAGAUUGAAAAAUACAAAGCCCACCUAGUUACCAAAGGUUACAAGCAAGAAUUUGGUAUUGAUUAUAAAGAAGUUUAUGCACCGGUUGCAAGGCAUGAUAUGAUUCACUUGGUAAUUGCUUUGGCAGCACAGAAUUCAUGGCCACUCUAUCAACUGGAUCUUAAAUCAACCUUCUUGCAUGGAGACUUGGAUGAGGAGGUAUUUAUUCAUCAACCCCCUGGUUAUAUUAAGGUUGGAAAUGAGCAUAAAGUGUAUAAAUUAAAAAGGGCAUUAUAUGGACUAAAACAAGCCCCACAAGCUUGGUAUAGUCGUAUUGAAUCUUAUUUUCUAAAGAAAGGUUUUGAAAAAUGUCCUUAUGAACAUACACUUUUCAUAAAAUCAGAAGGUGGGAAGAUGCUUAUUGUCUGCUUGUAUGUAGAUGACUUAAUCUACACUGGAAAUGAUAUGGUUAUGUUUGAUAAGUUUAAGAAGUCUAUGAUGGCUGAAUUUGAGAUGUCAGAUCUUGGAUUGAUGCAUUAUUAUCUUGGCAUAGAGGUGAAGCAAUCUGAUGCAAGUAUUUUUAUUUCUCAAAAGAAGUAUGUUCAAGACAUCUUAGACAGGUUUCGAAUGAAGAAUAGUAAUCCUGUCAGCACACCAAUUGAACCAAGUUUGAAGCUUGUCAGGAAUCCUAGGGGGAAGGAAAUUAACAGCACUUUGUGCAAACAAAUUGUGGGAACCUUGAUGUAUUUGACUGCAACAAGGCCAGAUAUCAUGCAUGCUGUAAGUCUUAUCAAUAGAUACAUGGAUUGUCUAAAAGAAGUUCAUCUUGUGGCAGCAAAAAGAAUUCUUAGGUACUUACAAGGUACAGUUGAGUAUGGCUUGUUCUAUAAAAAUGGAGAAAAGUCAGAGUUGUUUAGGUUCACAAAUAGUGAUUUUGCAAGAGAUCUUGAUGAUAGAAAGAGUACAUCUAGUUAUGUUUUCAUCAUGGGAACAACAGCAAUUUCAUGGACAUCUAGGAAGCAAUCAAUUGUGACUCUUUCAACUACUGAAGCUGAAUUUGUUGCAGCAACAACAUGUGCUUGUCAAGCAAUUUGCUUGAGGAAAGUUCUUGAAGAAUUGCAGUCAAACAAGAAGGGCAGCUAUACUAGAAAACACGCAAGACAAAGAUCAGAGAUCACCGCACCUCAGCUGCGGGACUCAGAGUUUAUCGCACCUCAGCAUCUAGCCGAAAGUGCGCACUAUGUCACCAUUAUUGGAUUGAUUGAGCCACGUGGGUGCGGACAAGCCACGACCAUUUGGAGAAGGAUCAACUCGAAGCGGAAACUCAAGGAUAUUCAGCAACUACAUUGGCAUCGUCUGUGGGAAAAUGAACAAAAGUCAUCACUAGAAGUUAAGAUGGUACACACACGAACAACCCAGCGCGGGAGUCCUCCCCAAGGCCAAGGAAGAGGCCAGCCCCCAAGUGUCAACCUCGUGUCACAGAAUGUACCGAUUGCAGCCGCCCAACAUCAGCAGGUGGAAGGAGUUGAGGAACAUAAUCCACAAUAUCCCAACGCCGUAGCAAGCGACCCUGCUCAAAACGCCUCAAACGCGCUCAUGUGCAAGAUGUUUCCCUCCACAUUGCGCGGCAAUGCUCGGACCUGGUAUCACACCCUGCGUCCGAACUCGAUUAAUGCAUAUGCCGAGCUGGCCACCUCCUUUGCCACCAAAUUCUCAAGCAGAAGGUUGAUUAAAAAGACGACACCCAAGCUCAUGCGGAUAACACAAAGAGAUGGCGAAUCCUUGAAGAACUACAUGAACAGGUUCAAUGACGCCAUGUUGGAGGUCAAUGCCUUCGACGAAGCAGUGGGAAUAACCGCCGUGAUACAAGGCCUCAACCAUGAUCGGUUUCGAGAUAACUUGAUCAAGCACACCCCGACCACUUUUGACGAGGUCAAUCAGAGAUCCCUUAAGUUCAUUAAGGUCGAGGAGCCCAUCUACGGGUUCAAUAACCAGCCGGUACCGGUGGAAGGAGUGUUGCGGCUCAACGUGGCGUUUGGUUCCGGACGGAUGUAUGUAACACCCUCAGUCAGAUUCCUGAUCGGCACGAAGCUGACUCCCAUAGAAAAACAAGAGCUCGUGGGCUUCCUAAAAGCAAACAAGGAUGUGUUUGCAUGGACCUCGGCUGACAUGCCUGGAAUCCCAACUUCGGUGGCAGUACACAAACUCAGCAUUAGUCCUUUGAGGAAGCUAGUGGCACAGAAGAGACGGCUUUUCGGGGGGGAAAGACUCACAGCUAGUAAGGAGGAAGUGAAGAAGCUCUUGCAAGCAGGGUUCAUCAGGAGAGUAGAUUACUGCGAAUGGAUUGCCAACCCUGUCAUGGUAAAGAAGUCAAACGGCAAGUGGCGCAUGUGCAUCGAUUAUACCAACCUCAACGAUGCCUGCCCUGAAGACUGUCAUCCCAUGCUUAGCAUAGAUAAGCUGGUAGAGGCCGCCUCAGGGAAUGAGAGGCUAAGCCUCUUGUAUGCCUACUCGGGAUAUCACCAAGUCCGCAUGGCACCCGAGGACGAGGUGAAAACCUCAUUUUAUGCCGGAGAUGAAAUAUACUGCUAUGUGAUGAUGCCAUUUGGGCUCAAAAAUGCAGGAGCAACAUACCAGAAAAUUGUCACAAUCGUGUUUCGGGCUCAAAUUGGCAGAAACCUAGAGGUCUAUGUAGAUGAUAUUGUUGUCAAAAGUUCUCGAGCAGAAGACCACUUAACUGACUUGACUGAGACGUUUAACAACCUUAGAAGUUGUAGCAUGAAGUUGAAUCCAGCAAAGUGCACUUUCGGCGUUGAAUUAGGCAAGUUUCUGGGUUUCAUGGUUUCCAGAAGGGGGAUAGAGGUCAACCCUGAGAAGAUAAAAGCAAUAGAAGAAAUGAAAUCGCCGAGGUCAACCAAGGACGUGCAACGCCUGGUAGGGAGAAUAGCAGCACUGCACAGAUUUAUCUCUAAAUCAACAGAUAAGUGUUUGCCUUUCUUUAAGGUCUUGAGAACUGCAGCUCAGAAGGAUGAAACGGGAAAACCCCAGAAGGAAAUGGGGAAACAACAGCAACUAGUAUACUAUGCUAGUAAGGUGCUGCAGGGAGCUGAGCAGAGGUACCCAAUAGUAGAGAAAGCAGCCCUAGCAGUUGUUAAACCAGAAUGCUUCGGGAGACUCAUUAAAUGGGCAGUAGAGCUGAGAGAGUUUCAGAUAGCAUUCCAGCAAAGGUCGGCAAUCCGAGCUCAAGCUUUGGUAGAUUUCGUGGUCGAAUACACUUCUAAUCAGGUGGAACCGAAUUCUGAGGUGGAAACAUGGACCCUGUAUGUCGAUGGAUCAUCUAAUAGCAAGGGUUCAGGAGCUGGAGCAGUAUUAACUGGACCUGACAGCUUCUGGAGUAGACACGCUUUGAAGUUCAACUUCGAGGCCACAAACAACGUGGCCGAGUACAGAGCCCUCCUCCUGGGAAUGCGUUUGGCGGCCGAGCUCAAAGUCAAACGCCUGCAGAUUUACAGUGACUCACAGCUGGUAGUUAACCAAAUCAAUUCUAUGUGCGAAGUCAUUGAUCCCAUCCUGGCAAAGUAUGUGGCCGCAGUUUCUGAGCUGAAAAACCGUUUUGAGAAAUUCCAGCUUACAAAGAUUCCUAGAGCAGAAAAUGAGCAUGCAGAUUCUUUGUUGAAGUUAGCAUCUGAGAACUCCAGGGAAGCAAAGUCUAUGUACAUCGAGAUACUGAAUGAACCAAGCUUCCAGACGUCGGGGGUGAUGGAGAUCAGCACUGACCCAGAUGCUCUGAGUUGGACAGACCCCAUUCGGGAGUACCUCCUCAAUGGUACCGUCCCGGGGGACAAACAGGAAGAGAUGAAGUUGCGAAGAAAAGCCUCUCGGUACACCCUGGUUGGCGAUAUUCUGUACAAGAGGUCCUACUCGUUACCUCUUCUCAAAUGCUUGACACCAUAUGAAGCAGAGUAUGCACUAAGAGAAGUACACGAGGGGGUAUGUGGAAGUCACGUGGGAGCCCGGACUCUGGCACAUAAGCCAACCGAAGAACUCACCAGCAUGAUUGCACCCUGGCCUUUUUCUCAAUGGGGAAUAGACCUCCUGGGCCCCUUUGUCAAAGCAAUAGGAGGAGCAACGCAUUUAGUGGUUGUUGUUGAUUACUUCACCAAGUGGGUAGAAGCCAAACCUCUCUCUUGUCUAACUUCGAGAAGAAUUGAGGAUUUCCUCUUCAGCUCAGUCAUCUGUAGAUAUGGGAUACCAAACCAGAUUAUUGCUGACAACGGCCCCCAGUUCAAUUGUAACUCCUUCAGGGACUUCUGCUCCAGCUAUGGGAUUAAGUUGGUGUUCACUUCCGUCUAUCAUCCUGAGGCCAAUGGAAUGGUUGAAUCAGUCAACAAAGCCAUCUUGGAAGGAAUCAAGCCAAGGUUAGAUCAGCUGAAAACAAAGUGGGUAGAUGAACUCAACAACGUCCUGUGGGCCUACCGGACAACAAGCCGAACUGCCACAGGCGAAACGCCCUACCACUUAGCCUUCGGCACAGAGGCAGUCAUUCCUGUCAAAAUUGGUGUCCCAAGCCUAAGGAUCAAUUGCUUCGAACCAGUUCAAAAUGAACGUCUACUAAGGGAAAACCUUGAUUUCCUAGACGAAGUCCGAGAGCAAUCCCGACUUCGGACUCUAGCAUACAAACAAAGAAUAGCCAACCUUUACAAUAAACGGGUCCGACCUCGAAACUUCAAAGUCGGUGACCUCGUCCUCAGAAAAGUUGGGCUCACAGGGUUCGAGACCUGAUAUGGCAAGCUAGCACCAAACUGGGAAGGCCCUUACAUUGUAACUGAGGUCUUGCACCCCGGAGCAUACAUUCUUUAAGAUGCCGAGGGCAAAAGGGUGCCUAGAGUUUGGAACGUCAACAAUCUUAAAAAAUUUCACCCUUGAAGGUUCCUUUCUUUGUUUUGUGUUAGGCAUCUUUUUAAAUAACAUUCCAAUACAAUU